AUGGCAGAUGCUGGCUACCACUGCUAUGCACCUGACUGGAUCGGAUUUGGGUUCAGUGAAAUGCCACAACCUGGAUAUGGAUUCGACUUUAAAGAGGACGAAUUCCACAAGGCAUUUGAUGAUCUUCUUGGUACUCUAAAUAUCACCGAGCCCUUCUUCUUAGUUGUCCAGGGCUUUCUUGUUGGUUCUUAUGGGCUGACAUGGGCACUGAAUAACUCAAGCAAAGUCCUUAAGUUAGCAAUCCUUAACAGUCCACUUACAGUUUCUUCUCCAGUCCCUGGAUUGUUUCAGCAGCUAAAGUGGCCACUGUUUGGUGAAUUUACUUGUCAAAAUGCUGUUUUGGCUGAGCGUUUCAUUGAAGCAGGUAGCGCAUAUAUGCUGAAAUUGGAAAAGGCUGAUGUAUAUAGGUUACCGUAUCUAUCCAGUGGUGCUCCUGGAUUUGCUUUGCUUGAAGCUGCCAGGAAGAUCGAUUUCCAAGAUGUACUAAGUAGAAUUUCGGCCGGAUUUUCGUCCAACAGUUGGGAAAAACCAAUACUGCUUGCAUGGGGAAUAUCUGACAAGUACUUACCGUUGUCGAUAGCUGAGGAAUUCAAGAAAGCUAAUCCCAGCGUUGUAAAACUAGAGGCGAUAGAAGGAGCUGGUCAUAUGCCACAAGAGGACUGGCCGGAGAAGGUUGUGAAGGCACUGAUAUACUUCCUGUAA